AUGUCAUCCAAAGUUAGGGCAGCGAGGGUGGAGCAACCGCCGGCUCUGAUGAUGUCACUUCCAUAUGACCUCAUCGUGGAUAUUGUGGCACGUGUACCGAGAUGCAAUUAUCCGAUUGUCUCUCUGGUUUCCAAGAGCUUCCAAUCACUCGUUGCGUCGUCUCAUCUAUACACGAGAAGAUAUUUGUCGGGCUGCACAGAACACUGUCUCUAUGUCGUUCUCUCUAACGAUGAGACUUGUGAACGUCAUUUGUGUAUUAUUCGCCGGAAAGUCAACAGCAAUCGCUUCGUCAUUAUCCGAUCGCUUCCUUAUGUGCGUAACUCUGGGGGUUGCGAGUACGUCGCUGUGGGUUCGAAAAUUUAUGCGGUGGGUGGAUCCCCAUUCACUGGUAUGUUCAGCAUCGACUGUAAAUCUCACACGGUGCAGCAACUUCCCGGCAUUCCUCAGCUCAAGGACGGUAAGGUCGCUGACAUCAUCGACGGUAAGAUUUACGUAAUCACUUGGCAUGGAGUCAUGGUGUUUGAUACGGAAACUCAAAUGUGGGAUCCUGUGAUGAAAAAGUUAGACGUGGAGCUACACAACAUGAGCUAUGGUUAUUCUGUGGUGGUGGAGGAUAAGAUUUACUUGAGAGAGGUUCGUAGAAGCUUUGUUUAUGAGCCAAAGGAAAGUAAAUGGGAAUCGGAGGACAUGCUGAAUCCUGAGCAAUGGGAUGACGCGUGUGUCGUUGACGAUGUAUUGUACUAUUACGAUGAUUUCUACAAGCAGUUGAGAGCUUAUGAUCCAAAGCAGAGGUCCUUUAGAGUGGUGAAAGGUGUCGAAGAAGUGCUGAGUAAGGUCGGUUUAUGUUCGCCGAGGCCGUAUAGUUACGGUGGGAAAUUGGCUCUCUUGUUUUAUAAAGAUAGUGAUCCGAAGGGAACAAGCGGGAUUUGGUGUGCGGAGAUUGCUUUGGAAACACGCCAAGGAGGAGAGCUUUGGGGUGAAGUGCAAUGGUGUGAUGUUGUGUUUGGGCCGUUUGGUGAUAGGCUCUUUUAUUUGAAUACAUGUUUAGCUGUUACGGUUUGA